UCGAAAAACAAAACAAACAAAAAAUCUAAAAAAAAUUUAAUUCAUGAAAAAUAAUGGUUGCAAGUGCGGCAACAUGCUAAAAAGGUGUCAAGAUGCGAAAUUCUUCGAAGCCAUUUACAGCUCUGAAGUUGACAAAGUCAAGGAAUUUUUGGAAAAGGAAGUCAACAUAAAUGUGCAAAACAACGACGGCUACACGGCAUUUCACGCCGCUUGUUGCGUCCAAAAUAUCGAAAUUAUCGAGUUAUUGCUGGACAAUGGCUACAUGAAAGUAGAUACAAAAGUAAAGACUCGCGUUGGCGACAGUGCGUUAUUUUUGAUUCUCACGGGAUAUUGCGAGGGAAUUUCAGCAAAAGCUGUCAAAAAAUUGGUCGAAUAUGAUCGUGAAUUAGUUGAACUUGCGGAUUCGCGGGGAUUCACGCCGUUACAGGCAAGUUCACGAUGGGAACAACUCGAUAUCGUGCGGAUUUUGGUAGAAUUGGGCAAAGCAAAUGUUUCGCGAGUCGAUUGCGAUGGUUGGACUGCAUUGCAUCACAAUGCCGAUUGUCGCCCAAAUCUCGCAGUGAUGAAAUAUCUCAUAGAUGAAGCGGGAAUCGAUAUUUCUGUGCGAAAUAACUUGAAUAUGACGGCUUUUGACUUGUUGCUGCACAAUCAUCAGGACCCGAUUUUGUUGCCGGAGGAUUAUAUUCAGUGCGUGGAUUAUUUGAGCGACAAAUAUUUCGUGAAUGAGCGAUUUUACACUUUUGGCACCGUUUUGAGUCUUUUUUCGCAUGCCAUUGUGUUCGAAAGAUUCGAUUUGGUGCGAAAAUUAAUUGAAGAUUUUUACAACGAAGACGUAAAUUCGCAAUUUAACGUCAUGAAAAGAUUCAUCGCGACCUUCGAAGUUGAUGAAAUCCCAAUUUUUUAUGCGUUUUGCAUGAUUUUGAAUCCACGGCUGCGGGAAGUCACCCAAUUUAAUUAUCGCCAAUUCACGGAAGUCUUUCCCGAUGUCUUGCACGAAGCUCUUGACUCGUCCGUGAAAUUAGAAGUGUUUUUGGAUUGUCUCGGGGCGAUACGACAAAUCAACUCGUGUUCCGACAAAUAUAUCAUUCCAAGUAUUGCGGAGAUGGAAUACAAUCCGCUUACCGUGGGAGACGUUCGUCGUCUGCUAAAGCUCUACAAUUGCCUGAUGGACUUGGAUUACAAAGUUGACUUCAACAGCAUCGCUUUCGGGCAUUUUUUGAGCUUCCUCAGGAGUGGCUGUCAAUGGAAACUGAAACAUGUGGAAAUCGUUUUGGCUUUUUGUACUGACAAUUUUGUGCGAUUGACGCGGUAUUGUGAUACUUUUAACAUGCAACUGGAUGCAGAAACGCGAAGAUUGAUGUAUGCGGCGGAUUUGCCGCAAGAAAUGAAAGGACCCGAAUAUUUGCCGUCGCUGAAGGAAGUCGCGCGGAAAGUUGUGAGAUCGAGCAUUUAUGAUGCUUUGUUGGCGAAAGGGAGGAAAUUGGGACUUCCGCCGGAUUUGUACUACAAAAAUAAAUUGUUUGUCGAGAAUAUUUUGGCGUUGGAGCUGCCAACGGUUCUCACGAGGUACCUGAGGUUCAUGAAUAACUUACCGGUUGAGUAAAAAUA